UGUUUUUUUUCUGCCGGCACUUCACGAUCUACUGCUCAUCUGAUAAACUCAUCCGGGGCUCCUGUGUCCAAAUAAACAACAACCACAACACAACAAAAACAAGAAUUUCAGCAUUAACAAGGAAAGAAGCUCCUUCUCCUCUCUGAACUCUCUGAACUCUGCAAUGGAGAAGGAGGAGCCUUGGAAGGUGACGUUCAGGAAUGUGGCUCAGACGUAUUUUCCUCAAACCAGAGUAGAAUGUCGCUACAGUCUGAGCCGAGAACACAGGUGGAGCUGUCAUGACUGGAUCGGCCUCUUCAAGGUCGGCUGGACGUCGGUGAGAGAUUAUCACACGUAUGUUUGGGCUCAAGCUCCUGAAGACUACACACCCGGCAAAGACGUAAACUGCUGCAUCCUCUUACAGCCAUUGUAUCUGCCAAACCCCGGGCCUGCAGCCUACCAGUUUGUAUAUGUAGAUGAUCAGGGUGAGAUCUGUGCAGCGAGUCCUCACUUCACCUUCAGCGCUCCUAAACCUCUGGAUGAACUGGUGACUCUGGAGGAGGAGAGAAACGGAGAGGAAGAGAGCGACGGAGACGACCUGCUGCUUGUAGUGCCGAGAGCUCAGAUCCUGCAGAGCCACCUGGAAGCCUGUCAGAAAGAACUGAUACUGCUACAGAAGAAGUUCAGAGAGUCCUGCAUGGAGCUGGAGAAACAACAAGAAAAGAACGAGAUGGAGAUGAAGGACUUCGAAACGGAACGAGUUGAGAUGAGGAACGAGAUUAAAGACCUGAGAGAGCGACUGAGAUGCAGCAUGGAGAAGAUUGAAAGGAUGGAGGAGAAAAAAAAGGAUGUUCUGAAGUCUCACGAAAACAUCUCAGCAGAGUUCAGCAGCUUGUUAACAGAAAGAGCCGAAAAUCACCAACGAAUCAAAGAUCUGGAGGAGGAUGUGAGCAGCUUAGUGCAGCAGAAACAACAUGCUGAAGCUGAGAUAGAGAGGAUGAAAGAGAGAGUCAGGAAGUUGACAACACAGAGGAAGGAUGAGGAGGAUGAGAGGAAGAACUUACAGAUGGAGAGUAAACGUUGCCGUGAGGAGCUGCGGGUUCUUCAGGAACGUCUGGAGAACAGUGAGUGCAGUGAGGAUGCGUUUCGGAGAGAUCUGUGUGAACUCGGAGCGCUGCAGAGCCAGAACCAGGCCGAGCUUCAUCAGAUCCGACUGCAGGCGGCUCAGACCACACUGCAGCUCUCCCAGGCCAACCUAAACCUCCGAGAAGGACAAGCGGCCUGGGCUAAAGAACGCGAGAACAUCAGGAAGAAGGCAGAGCUGGAUAAGGAACGAGUCCAAAAACUGAGUCAUGAGCUGCAGAAGAAAGAAGAAUGGCUUCAGGAGGAGCGAACAGAGCGAGAGAAACUGGAACAGGAGCUGGGGAACGAGAAAGCGUGCAACCGGGAGCUUCGUGCGAGUGUCAGAGCCAUGCAGAAGGAGCGAGAGCAACAUCAGCUGGAGAAACAGGAGCUCCUGGAUCAUAUCCGAGUGUUCCGGCUGCGCAUGGAGAGCGAUCGGGAUGCAGCGUGGAAUAAAAUGGAUUCUGACAGCAGGAUUUUGGAGAACAGUGAUGACGCAGCUUUGGCUGUGCAGAAAUCCGACUUUAAUGGAGAAGAAGAUGGUGAAACAGUGAACCUGCUGCAGACGGAGGAAGAGAAGGAGGAAUCACACAGCAGAGACACGGAUGUGGAAGAUGAUCUGGAGAAGGAACCACACACUCGAUCUGAGAUCCCAGAGAGCACACUGAGUGAACUCUCUGAUGCCCCCUUGUGGUGACAUGCAAUCACGACACGCAGCAAAUCUCAGAAGAAAACCUGAUGCUGCUGCUUGUUAAUACAGCAGGGACACAUCAACACAUCAUGUGCUAGAGAGGAGUGUAACGUUUCAUAAACAGAAUUGUGCAAUCUUACUGUGUGUGUGUGUGUGUGUGUGUGUGUGUGUGUGUGUGCGUGCUCUAUUUAUUUCCUGAAUGUGUGUAAGAGUUUUUCACUUGCUAAAUUAGGGUUUUUGAAUUUAUUUUCACUUUAGAAAUUUAAUCAAAUCCAAGUUUCACUGCACAUUAAACUGGAAUCAGACUAAGAAGGUGCACAGCAAUAUCCCGCUAUUUCAUUAGCAUGGAGUUAGCGUAUAAUCAGUUGGGGUGUAACAAUCAUAAUCAGCUAUUAUAUAAAUCCAGAGCUGGUGUGGGAAAGACAUGAGUGUAAAAGCGAACUGGUUUAUUAUUACAUUUCACUCGUUGGUUGUGUAGAAUUUUUUGGAGAAUUUUAGAUCUGAAUUUUGGAUCGUGUAAACCUGAGCUGUUCGAGUCGUAUCAUCCUGUAAUCACUGCCUGAACUCAUUCACAAAGAAGUUUCAAAUACUUUCUUUCUGAAUGCAGUUUUUAAUAAAAUGGUUUAUUCAUUGA